AUGUCCGACGACGCAUUUCACAACCAACCCAUCGGCGGCAUCGGCGGCACCCCAUGGGGUGACCAACUCUCCCAUAACAACCAAAAAGUGCGCUCUAUUUCCGCCUGGUGGGGCCCAGAAGACGGCGCCGACUUCACCGUCCUCAAGGGCCUCCAGCUGGGCUGGGACGACGGAGUCUAUCGUCACGUGGGUCACCAAGAAGAUUAUCUCCAGCAAAGACAUUUUGUAUUCAAUGACGGCGAGGAUAUUGAUGAGAUGGUGAUUCACGGCGCGUAUAAUGAUCCCCCUGGACGGGCGGAUGCCCUUGAAUUCAGUACUACGCAGGGAAAUAAUUUCUUCGCUGGUGGUCCUGGUGGAUAUCCGGGUAGACAGACUAUUGGUACGGGAGUGCUUUAUGGGUUUGAUGGAGCGGCGGAUGCGGAUAUUGAUAGUUUGGGGGCUAUUGUUCAGGAGGAUUGA